AUGGCCUCAGCCUCGACGACAUCGAACACACCGACGACCUUCCCCCGCUCAACCUACGCAAAGCUAUCCCCUCACCCCUUCCUUCUCGCCAACCUCGCCCCGACGGACAACUCUCACCCACCAGCACGCACAAACGGCCGCGCCCAGACCGAGAGCCGCUCCGUCAACGUCAACACAGGCUCGCUGUCGCACGCGCAAGGCAGCGCCGUCGUCCGCUGCGGCGACACCACCGUUAUCUGCGGCGUCAGGGCCGAGAUCCUGCCCGUGUCUUCCAUACCUAAUUACCGCGCCCUUGAUGAAGACACGGCAGCACCGGUGUCCGGCGCCGAGAGGGGUCGUAGGGAGCUCAAGGACUACGACCUACUGGUUCCAAACAUAGAGCUCGCCACCGGCUGCGCGCCGCAGUUUUUGCCAGGCGUGCCGCCCACGACUCUCGCGCAGACGCUGAGCAGUCGCGUCUACUCGCUACUGCACGCAUCGAACCUGCUGUCGGUCGACGAUCUGCGCAUCAUUCACACCCCAGCGGCAAGGAGCAGACACGAUGAUGGCGACGAGACGAUGGAGGACGAAGUCGACGACAAUGACGACAAGAAGCCAGAGACCAAGGCCUUUUGGACGCUCUUCAUCGAUGUGCUCUUCAUCUCAUUUGACGGCAACCCGUUCGACGUGGCCUGGACGGCCAUCCUCGCCGCUCUGCGGGACACGAAGCUCCCGGCCGCCAAGUGGGACGAGGACAGGGAGAUGGUAUUGUGCUCGCGGCAGGCGCCGGCCAAGCAGCUCAGCGUGCGUGGAUUCCCCGUUGCGUGCACGGCGGCCGUGUUGAGGCGGCGGCGCGACGACCCGGAUGUGGCCGGCGAUCAGUACUGGGUUCUGGUGGACCCGGACCGGCUGGAGGAGGGGCUGUGCGACGAGUUCGUGUCAGUCGUCGUGGACGGCGAGACCGGGGGUGGUAUUACAAUCCUCAGUCUGCUCAAGUUCGGAGGUACCGCUGCCGGGAUGGAGUUUAUCAACCGGCUGGUUACAGUGGCGGAAGCGAGGUGGAAGGAGGUGAGGGGAGCUAUGAGGUAA